ACGUUUUGAAGAUAACCUAUCACGAAAGAUAUGCGCUGUUUGUAAGCAGCACGAUAGCGACGGAACUGUGUCGCCCUGAACAGGAGACCCAGACGAAAUAACAGCUCCGGACUCGGUUCUGAAUGAUCUGAGCCCGAGAACAUGACCGUGGUCUGCAGAGCUGGUGUCCAGAUUCCCCCUCUGAGUCCUGGUCCCGGUCUGAAACAGGAAACCCCAGAGACUCCUCAGGUUAAAGAGGAGCCACAGGAAUGGAGCAUCAAACAAGAGGAGGAACAGCUGCAAGUGUCUGUCACAGGGUCCAGUACUGUGUGUGUGAAGACAGAAGAUUCCUCACUGCUUCAAACAAAGCACAAAGAGGAGACACAGGGAGAGGACGUCAGCUCUGAGACUCGUGUCCAAUCAGAGACAUGGGAGACAGAGGGAGACACAGAGCACUCUUCUGACAAUGAUGAAGACUGGAGAGCUCCACUCAGCUGUUCAAAUGUUCAGAUGGAGAUCGAGGAUGAUGGAGACCAGUACAACCAAGUUUUGAUCAGAGCCAGAAGCACCACUGCACAAAACCCCAUUAUUUACAAACCUAUACCAGAGACCAGUGCUGCUAUAUACAUUGGAGAUAUGUCAAGAACAGCUGAAAGAGUUCCCACUGGCGACAAGUCUUACAACUGUUCGAUUUGCAAGAAGGAUUUUACUAACAUCUCUGGCCUCAUCUAUCAUAAGAGAACACAUACAGGAGAGAAACCUUACAGCUGUUCAGUCUGUAACACACGGUAUACCUCUAGCUCUAACCUGAAAAGUCACAUGAGAAGUCACUCAGGAGAAAAACCUUACAGCUGUUCCAUCUGCAACUCGUGGUUCACCUCGAGCUCCAAUCUGAAAAGACACAUGGGAAGUCACUCAGGGGAGAAACCAUUCGGCUGUUCGAACUGCGAGAAGACAUUUGCCCGAAAGAGUCACCUUGAAGUCCAUAUGAGAACGCAUACAGGAGAGAAACCAUUCAGUUGUUCUGUCUGUAAUGCACGCUUUGCCUUGAACGCUCAUCUGAAAAGUCAUAUGAGAUGUCACACAGGAGACAAAUAGGAAAUAGAAUGUUUUGGGGUGUGUUCAUGUGAUACUAAAAGAGCCUGCUGUUUGAAUUGAUACUUUGCAGCUGAUGUCAUCGACAUUCCCUGUGAUGUGAAGCUAACUACCGGUAAUUGGUCUGAAGCUCUGUUACUCGCGCCAUCUUAAUGUAAGCUUUGUUUUAACACAGACUGAUCAUAAAUAACUGACUUAGUUGGAGCUACAACAGGUGAGCUGGUUUGUGCUGUUAAAUAAGUCCCUCUUAAAUAACAUUACACUCACAUUAGCCAUUAGCUAGCAUUAGCCAACUGUUUUUCAGUUAGUCACACCCUUUUGCUCACAGACUCCUGAAAAUGUGUUCCUGGGUUUUCAGGCUAUCCUAUCUUAAAACAUGUUAGGCUGUGUUUGCUAAUGUGCAUUGUGCAUUGUGUCACUAUGGUAACAGCUGAA